CAGCUAAAAACCGGCGACAAUCUACUUAUCAUAGUAAUGAGGGAUACGUAAAUAGUAGAGAUUUUGAAUGAGCUUGUUCACGGUACGAAACUGGGUUGUCCAUACUCUAGAGCUACACUGAUUAUCAUCGACUUCGACCAUCAACUCACUCACUCAUUAAACUCAUCACUGAGUGCUCCCUACAUCCCAAUCUUCAUCCAUAGACUUAGAACCCCCAAUUCCCUCACAAUGUCUUUCCGCGCUCUCCGCCGAGUUCCCACGGCCCUAUCUCGCCCCAUGGCCGUCCGUCCAAUGGCGGCUCGCCCCUUCCACAGCACACCCCGCGUCUUCGUCCAGGCCGGCGACGCCGUCCCCGACGUCGAGCUCCACGAGAACUCGCCCGCUACAAAAGUGAGCCUGGCCAAGGAAUACGGCACGGGCAUUGCCAACGGCGUCAUCAUUGGCGUCCCCGCCGCUUUCUCUCCGGCUUGUUCCGCGAGCCAUGUCCCCAGCUACAUCAACCACCCCAAGAUCGGCGAGGCCGGGCAGGUCUUCGUGGUGAGCGUCAACGACGCCUUCGUCAUGAAGGCCUGGGGCGACCAGCUCGACCCCACGAAGUUAUCCGGCAUCCGAUUCAUGGCUGAUCCCACAGGCGCCUUCACCAAGGCCCUAGACCUCGGGUUCGACGCGAUACCCGUCUUCGGCCACACGCGCGCCAAGCGCUACGCCCUCGUCGUCGAGGACGGCAAGGUCAAGUCCGUCCACGUCGAGCCCGACAACACUGGAACUGACGUUUCCAUGGCCGACAAGGUCCUGGGCUAGACAACUAACUUGGAAGCAAGCAAAGCAUACCUUCAGGUCAUAGGCGUGAAUAGCAAAACAAGGAGCGACAUUAGCGAGUGAAUAAGAAGGGAGUGCCAUGAGUAGAUGAUGUAUAAGGACAAGCUUACAUAUCCUCACAUGUGUAUCGUCUUCGACUACGCUCGCCCAGGUAUGGCAUCUUGUUGUCCAUAGCAAACUCAUCCAACAGUAGAUUCUCCGUAACUGGAGACCGUAACGUGCAGACCGACUGGAUACAUGAUGACGUACCCCGGCUUCGGCGAGCUUAGCACAAUCAUAU